AUAGUUCAUUUCGGCACACGAAUUUAAAUCUCUCGUCAAUUGGACUAUAAAAUCUUUUACAUCUGAAUCGUCUUACCAAGCCAUUGUUCAAGAAAACUGAUUUAUUUUUCUCUCAGUGUAUAGUGCAAUGGAUUGCUGUUUGAAUCAACGAAUUAUAAUCUUCUAAUUUUAAAAACAAAUGAGUUUAUAAAAAAAUUUGUGAUAUCUUUUCAUGAAGCUUUUAUAAAAUAUUAACUAAUUAUCAAUUUUUAUUUUCUGGAAAAGUUGCGAGUUGUACAUCGACAGAGUACACAGAGAAAUUUUUAUAAUAACUUUUUUAUAUCAAUCGUUUUGUACUAAAUUUUAAAAUUACUUCGUAAUGGAUGAUGAAAAUACAAAUUUAGAAAAAACGGGAUGGAGACGUUAUGUAUUGAUGGAACCACCAAUAUUUCUAUCAUUAUUAGCUAUGGGCAUGACAAAUAAUGUCCUUACUGACUUGAUUAUCUUCCAAACAUGUAGACUUGAAAUGGCAACAAACAAAACUAGCUGUGAUAUUUUACAUACAAAUAGUAGCAGUCAAGAAGCGCGAGAUUUGAAUAAAAUUAUUCAGCCACAUGCUAGUUAUAUAAUAAUGAGUACAUCAUUGAUCAAAAGUAUUUUGCCAGCAUUAUUAAUACUAUUCUUUGGCCCUUGGAGUGAUAAAUAUGGUAGAAAGCCUCUUAUAUUGAUUGGUCAUUUUGUUCCGUUGUGUAAAUUUAUAAUACUAUGUAUAUUGAGUAGUUUUGAUACGAAUCCAUGGCUGUAUUUGCUAGCUUAUGUCCCAACAGCACUGUUAGGUUCUGUACUCUUGUUAGCUACAACUUGUUACGUCUCUGAUACAACACAUCCUGAAAAGCGUGCAUGGCAUUUAGCUUGUAUACAAGCUUGUGUCCAGGGUGGGCAAUUAAUUGGUACAUUUACUGGUGCAUUUAUAUUUAAACAAAUCGGUUAUACCUAUUUGUUCACCAUCGCUGCUUUGAUAAGUAUAUCAUCAGUAGUCUAUGUAGUAUUUGUUGUACCAGAAUCAAUUAAAAAUAAUUCUAAUGAAAAAUGGGGAAAUCCAUUUAAUUUGUCUUCAGUUAAACAACUAGUACUAACAUGUACUACAAAACGUGAUGGUUUAAAUCGCGGAUUGCUAUGGAGUUGUUUAAUAAUUUUAUCAUUAUUUAGAAUUUUCAAUAAUGGAAAUACCAACGUAAUUUAUUUAUUCGUUAAAGCUCAUCUUGGUUGGGAUAUUGUGCAGUAUUCAAUGUUCAAUAGUCUCUCUAUAGUUAUAGCAAUUAUUGGCACUUUCGGUGGUGUCAAAGUAAUGAAACAUUAUAUAGGUCUUACAGACGUUAAUAUGAUUAUUUUAGGAAGUUUAUCGGGUUUCUCAGCAGCCAUGUGUAUUUCUUUUACUACUAAAUCCUGGCAUAUGUAUUUAGAAGUUUGUUUAGGAUUUUUUAUAGGCAUUAUUUUACCUACAACACGAUCACUUUUAUCCAAAUCUGCUCCCAAAGAUGAUUCAGGGAAAGUGUUCUCUUUAAUGUCAUUCCUCGACGUAGUAUUGCCACUGGGUAGUGCUCCACUAUACAGUUUAUUAUAUUCUUCAUAUUUAUCAGUCUAUCCAUCGCCAGUAUAUUUAAUGUCGUCUGGAAUAUUUAUUUUAAUUAUAUCCGUUUCUAUUCUAAUUCAUUUGAAAUAUAUCAAAGAAAAUUUACGAUUUUCGAAUUUGUAAGAAAAGACAGUUACUGGUUUGAGUUUUAUAUACAUUGAGAUUUUACCUCAACAGAUCUUAACGUAUGGCAUCUUAUUUCACCUCCCUGCAACUAUAUAACAGAGGGUUUCAAUCAAUUGUUUUUAAAUCUGGGUCGUACUUAACAAAUUCUCUAAUUUUCGAUUUCUAUUAAUUUAUUGAUUGUCAUUACAGCGAUUCUUUCAGCUUCCGUAAAAAUGCAUAAGAUAAACUUCCUCGGAAGAUUUUCUUCAUACGAGUUCCACAAAUAUAUAAAACGUAAUUCGAAAUCUAAAAUUUGCUGACCGCCGACCUUCAAUAAUUCUUGCAGCAGUCGAAAGGAGUCACGUACAUUAAAAAAUAGUAGUUUAUAUAUCGAGUGUGAUUGUGUAUAAGACGCGAUUUGUGACGAUUGACUACUGAACCGAAGGCGAAGUUGUCAACACAACGAGCGUCUUAUACGGAAUUGUCAUACAUGGAAAAAAAAAAUAGGUGCUGCAACAGGAUGCAGUCCUGUGGGAGCAACAGGAUUUUCAUGUUACAGUAACAGGAUAAAUCCUGUGAGAGCAACAGGACAAAAUCUUGUGGAAUAAAUAGGAUAAGAAACAAGUUUUAUGUACUAAUUUUUUUGUCCGUAUAAUGAAAUUUCAAAAUUUGAAAAAAAAUUCAAAGUUUGGAAAAAAUAAAAAUUUUUUUUCGAAGUUAAUUUUUUUUUUCAAAAUUGAAAUUUUUUUCAAAUUUUGAAAUUUCAUUAUACGGACAAAAUAAUAGUACAUAAAACUUGUUCCUUAUCCUAUUUAUUCCACAGGAAAAAUCCUUUUGCUGUAACAUGAAAAUCCUGUUGCUCCCACAGGACUGCGUCCUGUUUCAGCAUCUACUUUUUUUUUUCCGUGUAGUAAUAUAUGUUCGGUGUUUCUGACUUUCGAUGGUAAUCAGGGGUUUUAUUGAGCAAGUGCCUUACUAUAGAUGUGAUAUAUAUGUAAACAUAAUAUUAGUUUGUAAGUUACUUUAUAGAAAUUAUACUCUAGAUGUAUGUAUGAUCUGAUUAAUGUAUUACAUUAUCGCUGUUAACUUGGCUGGAUUGGGUUCGUCCAAGGCCGUUAUAUUUUUAUACUUUUAUUAAAUAAAAAAAAAAAAAUUUUUUUUGCACGCUAGCUAUAGUGCAUGCAACUACAAAAUAAUAUUUUUUGCACAGCUGACGUCACAAUUUGAAUGAUUAGGUAUCUUAAUGGCGUACAUUUCGAAUAUGUGUUACAAAAUAAUAGCUUUUAAGUCGGGGUCUUAAAAAAUUAUAUUUAACAAUGUAUUCUAUCUUGCUUACCAUCAAGCGAACAGUUUUUCGUAUUUUUUAUGUACUGCCAACCAACUGCUUUAUAUAUAUAACUAGAUUUUUUAUGAUAUGAAAACAAAUCUGUGAUUAAUAGUUUUGAAGACUAACUAUUAAGUCAGCUAUUUACCAUUUGACCGUUAUUCAUAUUAGCAUCCUGUGUUAGUUUUCUUGAAAAAAAGAUUUUAUUACUAAUUCAUUAUUUAUUAAAAAAUUUUAAUUGUCAAAUUUAAUUAUUUUACUGGUCAGUGGUCAGUUGUAUUGAUAAUAAUGUUUGUGUCUGAGGAAAGACUGUAUAAAGCAUGUCAUUAUCUUAAAUAUUUAUUCGUAAUUCUUGACCGUUAAUGUUUAGUAAUUGAAGUAAUUCAUACGGUUUAUUAAAUUAUCUAUGUAAUUUGAAUUAGUAUAAUUUAAUUUAACAAUUAUAUUUUUACUAAUUAAGUUAAUAUAUAAGUUUAAAAUGUACAUUAAUUUUGAUUCUGUACAAAAAUUAACAACAAACAUUAAAUAAUAAGAAGAAAUUUUUAUCUAAUGAAACUGUGAUUUGUUUAUUUUAAUUAAUUAUCAUGGAUAUGAGACAACAAAAUUACAAGUAUAAUUAUUUAAAAAAUCACUUCGAAAUAAUAUUAUGAUCAACGAAUUUAUGAUUUGAUUCUUUUCAUACUUUAUAAGAUAAUUGCUUGCUAUAAUUUACUUAUAUGAAUUUUACAUUCUUAUAAGACAUGAAUCAUUUUACCGGAUCGCUGUUUAGAAGACUGAUAUUCCUUUUUUUGUUCAAUUACUCAGUGCACUUGAUUAUGAUCGAACGUCGCUUAGAUAAAUAAAAUAAUGGAAAAACAAAAUAAUCAAAAUCAUUUAAUCUUAGGAAUGAUUAGCUGUUGCUGCUCACGUUAAUUAUUCCAUGUCCUUGGUUACCUUGAUAUUUUUCAUUAUAUAUACGUAUAUAUACGUACAUAUAUAUAAACUAUAAAGUUUGAUUUAUCAACUAUGAUAAUGCAAGAAAACAAAAUAAUCUUAGUGUCAUGAAAAUUAUUUGUUAUCUUUUCAUAAAAUAAUUAUAUAGUAAUGAUAAUAAUGACAGUAAUUAUAAUAGUAACAAAAUAAUAUUUCUAAAAAAUAUCAAAUUGUGAAUUGACAGUCACAAGUAGUCUACAGGUAUAUUUUUUUAUUUACGACGUACUUCCUUAUUUUCUCAAUUUUUAAAUUUUAACGCUAAACCUGUACAAUAACUCCCUAAUUAUAACGAUAAUUGUGUGAAAUAAAAUUUUAAUUAAUUAAUAAUGAGUGAAAAACAAGUGGAUUCAAUCAAAACAGGAUGGAGACAUUUUAUAUUAAUGGAACCACCAAUAUUUUUAUUGUUAUUAGCCAAUGGAAUGACAAGUAAUGUCCUCACUGAUUUAAUUCUCUUUCAAACGUGUAGACAAAUUAUGGUAACAAACAAAACCAGCUGUGAUAUUUUGCAUACAAAUAGUAGCAGUCAAGAGGCAAGAGAGUUGAAUAAAAUUAUUCAGCCACACGCAAGUUACAUAAUAAUUGGUAGAUCACUGAUUAAAGGCAUUUUACCAGCAUUACUUAUAUUAUUCUUGGGUCCUUGGAGUGACAAGUACGGCAGGAAGCCUUUAAUAAUUGCUGGAUACUUUGUUCCAUUGUGUAGAUACAUAAUACUUUUUAUAUUAAGUAAUUUUGAUGUAAAUCCAUGGUUAUAUUUACUAGCUUACGUACCAACAGCACUUUUCGGUUCUGGACUCUUAUUAGCAACAAUUUGUUACAUAUCAGACUCUACGGAACCUGAUAAACGAGCUUGGCGCUUAGCUUGUUUGCAAACUUGUGUCAAAACUGGAUUAGUCAUCGGAACAUUUAUUGGCCCAUUGAUAUUUCAAAAACUCGGCUAUACAUUUUUAUUCAGUAUUGCUGCUUUACUUUGCUUAAUAUCAUUACUAUAUGUAGUAUUUAUGGUACCUGAGUCUGUUCAGAAUAAUUCAGAA